AUGGAGGAAGCCAUAACCCGAAUAGUCAUAGAGCUCGAAGAACUCCGCCACUCUGAAAACCCAUCAGACCGCCAAACCCUACCCAUCUCCGAUUCCACCCUCUCAGACCUUCAAACCCUCUUAGACAACGCCCUCGCCGACGAUGACCCUGAACUCAUGGACCACCUCCACGACGAGCUCUCCUGCAAGUCCCUCUCUUUGUCCAAUCUCGUCCGUCCGAUCGCCUCCGCCAUGGAUUUGGGCCGUACCCAUCUCGCCCUUUCAGCCUCCAAAGUCUACCUCUCUCUUCUCCUCUCACCCAAUUCCCCUGUCUGCACUCUCUUCAACCCCAUGGACUUUCUCUCUCUCCUCCAGUCCAUUCGCCGGUCCCUCAAGCAUCGUCCUUCAGGUGAAUCCAGCCAUGGGUCCCACGUUGCCGCUAAUAAGAAGAGAAAGGGCCGCAUCAGAAAUCGGGGUUUGAAGAAUUGUGCCCAGAGUUCUCACGAUGAAGAUUGUGAUGGGGAAGAGAGUGACUUUGAUGUGAGGGUCUUGCUUACCGUUCUUGAAAGGUUGGAACUUGUAAUGGGGUUGAUUCAUUUGGACCGCUUUCCGGAUAGUUUGAAGUCUUUGGUUCAAACUGUGGCUGAAAUUCCAGUGAUGGCGCUUGAAGUAUGCGGUAAUUCAGGCAGUUAUAGCAGACUAACAGAUCUGUGCUCGCAGAUUUUGCUUAAAGUAUUCAUACCUGAGCAUGAGGACCAAGCUAACAUUGCAGCCGAGGUGUUGAAGUCAUUGUCUCCGAUGAUUCUUCAGCAUAAAUCUCAAGUGCGGGCAUUUGCAUUGGGGUUCGUGACGAAUCGAAUGAUGAGUGCGGCCAAGACGCUUGAUGGUGUCAGGAAAGCAGUGGUGAAUUUUCCGAGGUACUUGGUUCAAAAGGCACCGGAGAAGUCUGAGCCUCGGGCUUUGGCUGUAGAGUCUAUCAUGGAGAUUGUUAGAUUUUUGGAAUUUGAGGACCAAAUGGGGUUUGUGGGUUAUGUAGUGAAGAUGACUCAAGGGAAAGCUAGCUUGAGGCUCUUGGCUGUUGACCUUAUUCUGGUGCUAGUGACAUCGUUGAGAGAUACAUUGGGGUUGAAUUCAGAAAGUGAAGUGAACGAUUCAUUGGGUCUGAAAUGCUUAGAGGCUUUGAUUCAACGUUGUUCAGAUGUAGUUGCUGGAGUUCGAGGCCGUGCUUUGUCAAACUUGUCACAGCUGGUGGGCUUAUUGUCAGGUGAUGAUAGGGGUCAGGCUGUGCUGGAAGAAGUUAUGGGGCUUGGCAAUGCAAGUGACCAAAGGCCGAAGGGUUGGAUGAAUGAAAUUUUAAUGAAAAGGUGCAUGGAUGAGAAGGCAGGUGUAAGGAAGGCUGCACUUCUUUUAAUUACCAAGUUGAUAGCCAUUCUAGGUAGUGACUUUGAUGGAGGCUUGCUCAAGACAAUGGGCAUGGCUUGUUCUGAUCCACUUGUUAGCAUACGUAAAACGGCAAUUUCAGCUCUUUCAGCGGCCUUCAGAACAUUCCUGGAUGAAAGGGUGGCUACUGAGUGGCUACACUCUGUUCCACGCUUAAUUGCUGAUAACGAGUCUAGCAUUCAAGAAGAAUGUGAGAACUUGUUUCUAGAACUGGUAUUGGAACGGGUAUCUACAGGGUCUGUUAGUUCUCUUCAUGAUGAAUCCAGGUUUCGUAAUUCAAAUAAAGCAAAAGGUUUGGAAAUGGAUGUUGACUCGGUGUUUCCUGAAGGUGUUUUGAGUCUUUUGAAAGAGAUAUGCAAUGGAGAGGUGACACCUUGGGUGAAGAAAAUUUGCACAAACCUGGGAAAGAAGAAAUUGAUGAAGCACAAAUUUGCUAUUUCUCUUCAGAAUAUCAUAAGGACAUCUGAGUCUCUGUGGCUCAGUAAAUCCAUGCCAAUAGAGAAAUGGACAGCCCCACCUGGCUCUUGGUUUCUUCUAUCAGAGGUGUCAGCAUACCUUGCAAAAGCAGUUGACUGGGAGUUUCUCCAUCAUCAUUGGGAGCUCUUUGACAAGUAUGGCAUGGGAGGGGAGAUUCAAAGCCCAUUUGCACAAGGAUAUACAUGUGAAGAGGAAGAUGGUAUAGAUUCCACUUCUGUUGCUUGGGCUGGGGAUCGUGUUUUUCUCUUACAGACAAUCUCUAAUGUUUCUGUUGAGCUGCCUCCUGAACUUGCAGCAGAUUUAGCUCAUAAUAUGCUUAAAAGAAUUGAAGAUUUCAACAUGCAUUCAACAGAGGUUAAUGCUCAUGUAAAAGCACUCAGAACAUUGUGCAAGCGGAAGGCUUCAAACUCAGAGGAGGCUGAUACCCUUGUUAUGAAAUGGGCACACCAGCUUAUCUCAAAAGCUUCUCAGAUUUUAGAGAAGUUUAUUUUGGAUGAUUCAGAUGCAAAAAGAAAAGGAGACUUCUUUACACCACCUAGAAGUGGGACUAGAAAAGGCAAGAGAGCUAUGGCCAUGUCGAGGUCAUUGUCAGAAGCAGUCACAGCAGCUUACACCAUUGGGUCUUUGGUUAUCAUCUGUCCAUCUGCUGAUAUGACCACCGCCAUUCCACUACUAUACACCAUCAUCACUUCUGGGAAUUCUGAUCCAAAAGCUGAUAAAUUAACAAGGCCCAAAAGCUCUGUAAAUCAGACAGCCCCUUCUUUGUACAUCCAAGCAUGGCUGACUUUGGGGAAGAUUUGCCUUGCAGAUGGAAAAAUUGCAAAGAGAUAUAUCCCUCUGUUUGUGAAGGAACUUGAAAAGAGUGAUAGUGCAGCACUUCGCAACAAUUUGGUAGUGAUGAUGGCAGAUUUUUGUGUUCGCUACACUGCUUUAGUUGAUAGUUAUAUACCAAAGAUCACAAAAUGUCUCCGUGAUCCAUGCGAACUUGUAAGAAGGCAGACAUUUAUACUUCUCUCGAGAUUGUUGCAGAGGGACUAUGUGAAGUGGAGAGGAGUUAUGUUCCUUAGAUUUCUUUUGUCCCUUGUUGAUGAGUCAGAGAAGAUAAGGCAGCUUGCUAAUUUUCUCUUUAACAAUAUUCUGAAAGGUUCAAGGCAACCACUUCUAGGAUAUAACAGUUUUGUAGAAGCAAUUUUUGUUCUGAAUGACUGCCAUGUCCACAAUGGACACAGUAAUGCUCAGGGAUCACGCGCAGAGAGCCGGCUUUUUUCCAUCAGGGGCAAUGAUGAAAAUUCAAGGUCUAAAAGAAUGCAGAUCUAUGUUACUUUGCUAAAACAAAUGGCUCCAGAGCACUUAUUGGCUACCUUUGCAAAGUUAUGUGCAGAGAUUCUUGCUGCAGCAUCUGAUGGUAUGCUCAAUAUAGAUGACAUUACUGGGCAGUCUGUUCUCAAGGAUGCUUUCCAAAUUCUCGCCUGCAAAGAGAUCCGAAUUCCAUCCAACCGAGGAUCAUCAGCUGACACUGGAGACAUUGAUGAAGAAGGUGGUGAUAAUGGUGGAGCAUCUGCUAAGGGAAGGAUAACUCAAGCAGUAAAAAAGGGCCUCAUCCAAAACACAGUACCCAUCUUUAUAGAGCUGAAAAGGCUAUUGGAAAGCAAAAACAGCCCCCUCAUUGGCUCCCUCAUGGAAUGCCUCCGUAUCAUCCUCAAGGAUUACAAGAAUGAGAUUGAAGACAUAUUGGUUGCCGAUAAGCAGCUCCAGAAAGAGCUCAUAUAUGACAUGCAGAAGUAUGAAGCAGCAAAGGCCAAAUCAACAGCUGCUGAGGCUGUUGCCAACAGCAAGAAAACAAUUAGCUUCAACUCGCCCGUUGUAUCUAAGAUUGAGAGUGUAAGACAUGCCCAAAACAAGUUUGGUAGCAAACUCCAAGGUGACACACAAUUGGCCUCAGCAAUGGCUGAUGCAGCUGCUGAAGCCACAGCAAGGUCAGUGCUCAAGGAAGUGAACAAAGGGUUACAGUCACCGCCUCUUAGCGCUCUGAGCAUGCCUAAACUCAAGACAAGCCAAGGAGACGCAGCGGUCGCAGUGAUCUUCCCUUUGAUGUCUUAG